AUGGAAGUUGAUGAUGUAAGUGUAGGGACUUUUGCUAUGGAACCAAGCACCCAAGAAUCACUACAUGAAGUUGUACAUUCACCAGAACAAGAGUUUGAGCCAUUAUUUGAUGAAAAGGAGGUAGCAAUCACCACUCCAGAUGCUCCUCAAGUGCUUUCAAGAACUGGCUUAAGUGCUGGAGAAAUUGCUGUGAAGAUCGUUGUAAGCUCGCAGGAGAAGAUCACAAAGAUCUGCGGAGAAAAACGCUCCACAACAGCUAUAUCCUAUCAAGUAAGGAGUAGAAAACUCCUAGUUUCACUUGCCCACCUAUCUUCUGAUCAAAUCCCUCUGGAACCCUUCUCCCAACUCCUCAUCUCACGCCGACCUUCUCCAUCCAACUCCUCCUCUCACGCCCUCUCCUUCCAACUCCUCUCCAGCAAACCCCUCUCCGGCGAACCACUCCUCCUAACUCCUCUCCGUCAAGAUUGCGGAUCCCGGAAAAGGGGGCGAGCUCACCAGCGGAAGGGGUCUGGAUGGAAGGCUUCGGGCAGAGAAGGAAAGGACGCGCACGCGAUCCCGUCGAAGGAGAGCUCGGGAAAAAGGCAAGUUAUGCAAUUCCGGCGAAGGAGAGCUUGGGGAAAAGAUAUUUUGAAUGGUAAAUGGAGAUAUUCAGAAACUCCAGCUAAAUAGCUCGGAUAUGGAUGAUUAUAGGAGCAGCAACUAUAUGCUAUAUGGCGCUGCAUCCAAACUUCAAGGGUGUGACUAGAAAGUACUUCGACGAAGAACUAUUAAGAAGACUUUGGGAUUUAAACGAGAAGAUGGUUAAAGCCAAUGAGUAAACAACAUUCAAGUCAAGAGGAUAAGUAGCAUCUAUCAAGAUUUUUUAAGUUCAUGCAAUAAGAUGUAGUCGAUAGGAGUAGUUUUGAGUGUUUCCUAAUUAAAAUUUCUUUGUAUGCAAGUAAUUAUGUUUGUUAUAGAAGUGUAAAGAUGAUAAUUUCUAUAUUGA